AUGAACUUAUGUUUCACAUUGUUACCUUGUGUCUGGUCAUAUGAUGGGAUGACGAAAAGGAUUUGGCCAGACGACAGAAUGGGUGCCGGGGUUUCUUCCAAUGAAUAUCCAAAUGUGGAGGUUCAAAAUUAUCCAGGAGUUAUUAUAAAGGAGAGACGUAAGAUGCGUAUGUCUGGUUUUGCUACUUUGCGAAAGAAGCUUAUUAAGCGUCGUCGGUAUUCCAAAGUGUGUAAUCAUGGUCGUAUCAUAAGAGAGUUGAUAUCCGAUUGGUCACCAGCUGAAGUUACUGCUUUACUUGAAGAAUAUGAAGCAUUGGCUGCCCUUAAAGACUUGUCUGUACAAGCAGAAUUAGCAAGGCCUCCAGCUGCUACAUUUAAACAAGAUUUGUCUACUUUAUAUGACCAUAAGUAUUGUACAGACGUCGAUCUCAUUUUUCGUGGUGUUUGUUUCCCAGUACAUAGAGCAAUACUGUCAGCUAGAUGUCCAUAUUUCCGUGAAUUGCUUUUAGGAUGUCCUGGUUACGGGGCGCGUAUUUGUUUAGAUUUGAGGACACCUGGUGUGGAUAUAGAAAUGUUUUCAGCAUUAUUACGUUUUUUAUACACUGGCGAUAUAGCUCCAAGAGAUGGAGAUAUAGACUUAGCAUUAUUGAGGAGGCUUGGUGAUGAACUUGGUACACCAAAUGUGUUAGAAAAUGAUUUAAGAUACCUGUUGGAAACCGGUGACUAUGCAGAUGCUGCACUUGUGUUUAUUCCAGAAGGAUAUUCAGAUCGAAGGCCAGAAUCUACUGGAUCUGAAUAUGGUUUUCAACCUAAACUGGAAUUGCCUUGCCAUAAAUCUAUUCUUAGUGCUAGGUCACCAUUUUUUAGAAAUCUUAUUCAACGAAGGACUAAAUCUGGCGAAGAACAUACUGAAAGAGCUUUACACAUUCCUACAAGGAUAGUGCUAGAUGAAUCAGUUAUUCCAAAACGAUAUGCAAGAGUCCUAUUACAUGCAAUUUAUUUAGAUACAGUUGAUUUGUCUCUCAUACUAAGGGGUUCUGGGUGUGGUUCUUCUGCUGGCAGUUUAAGUGAAGUUGAAGCUUUAACUAAUACCGGACGUGUUAGGCCAAGUCCUUUAGACGAAGCUAUGGAAUUGUAUCAGAUUGGUCGUUUCUUAGAAUUAGAAAUAGUAUCCCAGGGUUGUGAGGAUCUUAUCCUAGAAUGGCUUUCUCUAGAGUCACUUCCAGGAGUACUUAGGUGGGGAAGUUUGCCACAUGGUUCAGCAUGGGUUCAUCGUCAAGCUAAACAUUUUUUACGUGAAGAAUUUUCUCAAGUGGCUAAUAGUCCUGUUUUGUACCAACUUGACAAAGCUCAUCUAAUAGACUGUUUAAAGAGUAAUUUCUUGCAAACAAGUGAGCUUGAAGUUUUACAGGCAGUUCUCAAAUGGGGUGAACAUGAAUUGAUUAGACGCAUGGAAGAUAGAGAACCAAAUUUAGUUAGUCAAACAACACAUUCUGUUAGCCGAAAAGGUGUAAAGAAACGAGAUUUAAGUGAUGUAGAACUUCGUGAAAUAUUAUCUGAACUCUUACCUUUGGUUCGUAUGGAUCAUGUUAUCCCCACAGAACAUGAGACUUUGACCCAAGCAAUAAGAAGAGGUUUAGUGAGUUCACCUCCAAGCCAUAUGAUUGGUAAUGAUUCACCAAUAUUGUCUCAUCAUAUGUCCAGAAUCAAUGCUUGGAUUAGACAUCCAUCUGGGCUUUAUGUGCGACCUAGAUUAUUUAUUCCAUACUAUGAUGAAAUUAAAUCAUUAUUUGAAGAUCAGAUGUUAAGAGAGGAUGAGGAGCUAGUACGGCGAACAAGAUAUAUGCCUGAUGGUAUACCUGACACUCUGUAUAUGAUUGAAGAAAAACCUACUCCAUCAUCAUAUGGUCUUUCAUCUCUUGAUGUUCUAACAGCUUCAAUACCAACACCAGAUGUAUCAACCAUGAACGCUAUGGUUAAACGUGACCAGAAACUGAGGUCUGCCCCUGGUUGCCAACGAGCAAUAUCACUGCCUUUAUCUAGUCGACAAGAAAUCAAUCAUCAAAUAAGACUAAGAGUUGUUCGAGAGUUCAAUUUGCCAGACCCUGUUGCUUAUCUUUUAGAAAAAGCUGCUAGUUCUGUAUGCUACUGUGGUGGAGGUCCUGACGAUAAACCAAAAGAAAGUACAAGGUCUCGGAGUAGUCGCACAAGAAAAGAAAAACGAAAAGGUUUAGGAACUAGCACCUUACCAUCCAUGUACGCACAGCAGAAAUUGAGAAAACAACAUAGACCUUAUGUUUUAAAUGAUAUGGCGUCAUCUUUACGAUACACAAAUAAUAUUAGAUAUGAAGAUGAUGAUUUUGAUCGAGGAGAGCAAGUAAUCAUGCCUGAUGUUGCAGCCGUGUCACUUUCUUUGGACCAGUUAAACAUAUGUCCAAUUCUUGGCCCCGAAGUUGAGUUGAGAUUAGACUUGGGUGAUAGUUCGCCCAAUCAGUCGCCAUAUAAAACACCUCCUCCUCCUAAACAUUUCAUUUAGAUUAUACUAAAUGUAAUUUUAUCUGUAAGAUUCCUUGUUAUAGCUUGUAGAGUUAAUUUUAAUUUUACUGCAAGCUAAUAAUGAAGGGAGGGGAGCAAACAAUUUCAAACCAAUUGUAUUAUAGUAUUAGUUUUACAGAGGAAUUGAGACAUUUUCUGUUAACAUUAUCUUUGAUCAUAAAUAGUAUGAGCUUUUUUAUAAUCAAUGCCUUUUUCUUCAUUCGGAGUGCAAUACUAAUUGAGUAACAGUUGUUUAACAUGGAUAAUUGUUAGUCAAUAA